CGUCAAUUCCGGAAAUGACCCGGAUCGAAACUUUAAGUGUAGGGUCGGUUACUUCUCAACAGAAACAUCGAGAACCCUCAUUAAAAUGCUGUGAUAUCGAAUCUAACAUGCUUGUGUGUAUGUUUACGACAGACACACCACCUUGGAUGUAGGUCGGUUGGAUGCCUGGUGGUCUUUCUGUUUGUUAUUAAUCGAAUCGGCCUCAGGAGGAAGAUCCAGGAGUUUCAGGUGGUCCACAGCGGGGUUCUGACCCUUUAACUAGCGGCACGAUGACGUGCCGCGACCGAACCCUCGAGUUCCAGUCAGCCUGUAAAUCUCUCCAGGGCAGACAGCAGAAUGGAGUUCAGCCCAGUAAACCAGCUCACAGUGCCCUCAGGCAACACAGUGAUUUCACACUUAUGGCCAAGAGAAUUGGAAAAGACCUGAGCAAUACAUUUGCCAAAUUGGAAAAGCUCACGAUUUUGGCGAAAAGGAAGUCUCUAUUUGACGACAAGGCAGUGGAAAUAGAGGAACUCACCUACAUUAUUAAGCAAGAUAUCAACAGUCUAAACAAACAGAUUGCACAGCUCCAGGACUUGGUGAGGUCCCGCGGCACUCCAGGUGGCCGACACAUCCAAACCCACUCCAACACUAUCGUGGUGUCAUUACAGUCCAAACUGGCAUCGAUGUCUAAUGACUUCAAAUCUGUCCUAGAAGUUCGAACCGAGAACCUGAAGCAGCAGCGCAGCAGGAGAGAGCAGUUCUCCCAGCCUCCUGUGGCAACUUCUCCUAUGAUGGCCAACAACUUCAGGAGCCGCAAAAAAGGGGCCCAGGAGCCGCAUGCAGCUCGCGAGCAGCGCUAUGACUACCAGGGCUAUACAACCUCAAAUUUAAAAGAGAGCUCGGUCCUAAUGCAGGACGAGUCCCGGAGCAUGGGGGAUGUGGCCAUCGAUAUGGACUCGCAGAGCAAUCCUUUGCAGCUUCAGCUUAUUGAUGAACAGGACUCGUACAUCCAGAGCCGUGCUGACACCAUGCAGAACAUUGAAAGCACCAUCGUAGAGCUGGGCUCUAUAUUCCAGCAACUGGCUCACAUGGUGAAAGAACAAGAAGAGACCAUCCAGAGGAUCGAUGCCAACGUAGAAGACACACAGCUGAACGUGGAGGCUGCUCACACAGAAAUCCUCAAAUACUUCCAGUCGGUGUCCUCCAAUCGCUGGCUGAUGAUCAAGAUCUUUCUGGUCCUGGUAGUUUUCUUCAUCGUCUUCGUUGUCUUCUUUGCGUAAAGAUAAGGAGGACUGGUGAAAAGGGACGAAAAGCAUAAGACAUGAAGCUAAAGUUGGACCUGGAGAUGUCCACACAGCACACUGAGAAGACAGACUGCUUUGUCACAGUUUCAGGGUGGCUUGGGAUCAAUUCAAACAAACAUGGACUCUACUGAUUAUUAUUUCCAAGCUGUGAACUCAUGAUUUAAAACUUUGGUGAGAAGUGAAGUGAUUGAGCUCUGUCCAAAUCAAACAAUAAACGGUGUAAAAUCUCCACUGUUUAUAGAUGGGAAAUCUGCUCUGCAUUGUACUCUGACCAACUAUUUGUAAACAUUCAAACAAACUGGCUGUAAUUUAAUAGUUUUAUUCUGCAAACUGUCUUAUAAUUUAGAUUUUCUUCCUUCUAUAACCCCUUUAUCAUUUUUAAUUUUUUAUUGCAAAGCCAAACAAUAGAACCAGAAUCUAUUCUCAUAUAGGUUUGCUUUGUUUUACUUGGAGUUACAGUAUAUUUUCUUCAUUUCUAAAUUCACCCUUCAUUUAUGCUCUGAAUUAUGUUUAUCCAUUUACAUUUUGUUUUGCUUUUAGAGUUUAUUUGCCAAAUGGGUACUCUCUCUAACCUGUGAGAGGAUACAAAGAAGUCAGUGAACCUAGAUUCUGCAGAAUAAUUUACACCAAAGUAUAAAAUGACUUUAAAACACAGUUUUCAUUGGAAAUGUCUGCCAGCUCUCAGGCAUUUUCAAGCUAUUAAAGGGACUGAGAAUCACUCUUACGGUACCCCAGAAAGGAUCAGUGCUAAUGAAGGGGUUUCUCUGCUAAUGAAGUGAAUCAAGCUGCCAGAUUCCCUGGAAGUAUCUGGUUGUUUGCCUCCUUUCCUCUUUAAUGUACAGGAUGUUAUUUAAAUGACUGUCUCUUUUUAAGAAAAAAGAAGACAUGGUUCCUAUUUCCCACCCAGUUUUUUUUUUUAGCCAAAUGCCUUGAC